AUGGAUGAAUUAAAUAAUAUUGAUAAUAUUAAUAAUAAUAAUAAUGAAACAAAUCAAAAUAAUGAAAUAAAUAAUAAACAAAAAUUUAAACUUAGUGAAAAAACAAUAUUAAAAAAUGAAAAAAAAAAAAAGAAAAUUAAAAUUGAUCAUUCCAUACCAUUAAAGGAGAAACCAAACCAAGAAGAUAUAGAAUCACAUAACGAUUGUUUGUUUUGGAUUGUAAAUAAAAAGAAACAUAGGGCUGAAUUUUGUAAAUUUAAAAGAACUAAAGAUUCAACUUUUUGUACCAUACAUAAAACCAUUGAUAACACAACAACAGAUACAGCAACCCCAACUAAAAAUGAGGGUAAAAAAGAUACAUCCAUCAGAAUAGUAUGCCCAUUAGAUCCAACACACACUAUUUACAAACACAAUUUAAAAAAACAUUUAAAAGGUUGUUCAGGCACAAAACUAAAUCAAAGAGAAGCUCAUCUUUUAAUUUCAAAACAACAAGAUUUUUAUAAGGAAAAUGUAAAUAAUUUAAAUGGAAAUGAAAAAUUAGACAGUAAUUCCCUCGCACUAUCACAAGUUACAAACGAAGAACUUGAAUUAAUUGCACAUAAAUUGGAUCAAUUUUUUGAAAAAUACUAUCCAAAUGGUAUUAAAGUUUCAAAUAAUAUUCAUAAAACUUUUAAUAAUUUAUUUAAUCAAGAGCAAAUUUUAAAACAUAUUCAACAAGAAUCCUCAAUUAUUAGUUUACUAGAACUUAAUAAUUUAUAUAAUGAAAACAAUAUAUAUUUAGAAUUUGGUGCAGGUUCGGGCAAAUUAAGUAAUCAUAUAUUUCAAUCUCACGAAAAGAAAUCAGGUCAUAUUUUAAUUGAUAGAAUGAAAUUCAGAUCGUUACACAAGAUUGAUAGAUAUAUUAAAAACGAAGCCACAUGCCGUCAUUUUGAACGUUUACUUGUAGAUAUUAGACAUUUAGAUUUAUCAAAAUUAUCAGCUUUAGAGAAACAUCCUUUUGUAAUUACUUCAAAACAUCUUUGUGGUUGUGCCACCGAUUUCACUCUUGAUUGUAUUUCAAAUUUAUUAAAAUCCAAUAACUCGGAACUUUUUAAAAAUAAUUUUUCUGGUUUAGGUUUAGCAACAUGUUGCCAUCACCAUUGCAGCUACGACACAUAUAUCAAUCAACCAUUUUUAAAAAAUGAAUUAAAUUUAACAGCCAAAGAAUUUCAACUUAUAUGUUCAAUUAGUAGUUGGGCCACUAUAGAUGAAAAUAAACUUGAUGAAAAACAACAAAAACAAGAAAAAGAUCAAGAACAAGAACAAGAAGAGUUGGAUGAAGAGUUAUUAAAAGAAAAAGAAAAAGAAAAUCAAUUGAAAUUAGAUUACAACAACAACCGAGUAUUCAGCAAUAAGAGAAAAGAGGAGUUGGGCUACAAAGCUAAAAGACUGAUUGACUAUGGUCGAUAUCUUUACAUAAAAGAGAACUUUGGUUUACCAAACACCGACUUUUUUAUUUAUACCAACCAAUCAAAAGAAAAUUUCUUUUUAAUUUCAAGUAAUUUAAAAAGAAACUUACAAUAA